GGGGAAAAGAACUUGGUGAGAAGGAGACAGAAGAAAGGGGGGGUGGGCGGAAUGGAAUAGAAGCAGCAAAGCUUCAAGGAAACUAGGACAGUGGGAAAACAGGAAGAAAUUAGGAGAAUGGAAGUCAUUGUGAAGUGGAGCUAAAAAAAAGACUGAAGGCAAAGAAGAAACAAAUGCACUUUGGAGUUCUCAAGUUUGCCGUGAGUGGAGGUGGGCUUAAUGAGUGCACAAGACUGGAUGUCUUUCCUUGAUCUUUGGUCUUCCAAAGAAAGAAGGUUUGCAGAGUUGGAUUUCUUCACUCAAGACUAAUUAAUUGGUCUGAGAAGCUUUAGGAGCAGAUUGUGCCGAGAAGAACCAAAAGCAGCACAAAGUGGUCCUUAACUUUGUUCCUCAACUUUUGCCCUCUUCCUUACGGUUGCAAAGAUGGAGCAGAUAUUGGCUGUGAAAAUUGGCUGCUUGGCAGGGCUGCUCCUCCUCACUCUUCUUUGCGGCCUCAUUCCAGCCCAGAUCAAGUGGUUCCACAUGAACAUGGCCAGAGGGAAACAUCGGCGCAUCCUCAGUUUUAUUGGCUGCUUCGCUGCUGGGGUCUUCCUCGGUGCCUGCAUUAUGCACAUGGUGGCUGAUGCCCUGAGAGACAUCGAAACAGAAAUAGGAAAACGACGGCAUGCGGAGAGUGCCAGAUAUAAAGUAAAUAGCACCUACACGAGCACUGAUAAUGAUUCAGAG